UUUAAAUUUUAUUAUUUAUACUGACAUUUUACUAUUUACUGUUAAAAACUGUUUUAAAACUAUUUUGUACAUAAAAAUCAAGUGUAACAAAAUGGAAGGAAAGCAAGAAAUUAGCGAGGAAACGUGUAAAGUAGAAAUAGAGUAUAAAGAAUUGGAUGAUGUUCUGUUGGAUGGCUUUAAAUUUAAAAUUCAGGAGGAAUCCAAUAGGAAUUGUACACAUGACACAUAUUUAGACUUGAAGAAAUGUCCCAUAGAUACUGAAAUAGAACAACAUGGAAAUAAACCUAACUCAUUUGAAGAAAACCAAAAAACUGAGAAAGACACAAUAUGCCAUACUGUGAGUCAUAUUUAUAGGAUACUGUUAAAGUGGUUCUCCAGUGAAGUAUUAAUUAUAAAUAAACAAAAGAUGAAUUGUUUAGUGUUUAAAACAACCAGAUCAAAAAUAGAAUGUCGAAAUAAUCUUUUGUUAGUAGAUAGAAACAAUAAAAUUGGCACUAAAAUUGCAUUUUUAGACAUGACAAUGGAUGCAACAUUAACAUGGGAAAGUCACAUACAGCAACUUAAUAAAAAGUUGAAUUCACUAUGCUAUUCGCUCUGA